GUACUCGUACGUAUGAGGGGUAGGUCUGUUGCAACCAGAGGCAAUGCAGAGAAAAGAAGUCGUUUUCCAGGAUACAUGUGAAUGAAAGGUGGUCUGAUUUUGUGUUAUUUAAAAGGGUUACAUUACGAUACACUAAUGCUGAAAUCAGUAUUACCUGGUUCUAAUUACCUGCUGAAAACCAUGCCGGUUGACCUAUCAGCAUAUCUCCUUUCUUCCAGUCCUCCAGCAUCAAGCUUUGAGUUCUUGAACUCGGCUUUUGUUACCAGAGGGGAUUCAUGGAAUAGAGGAUGUGGUUUUGAAUCUAAAACUGAAGACUUGGGUAAAUAUGACAACACUUCAAAUUACCCAAAUGAAAAUAAAGAGCCUCUCAAGCCAAUAAUUAACCAAGAUAACAGCUUUUGUAGUGAACAGGACUAUGAGCCAGAUACAUGUGACUCCUGCAGUUCCUCGAGGUCAGAAUCACCAUCACUGGGAAGGACUAAGAAAAAGGUCUCCUUUGCAGACCAUAAAGGGCUAGCUUUAGCCACAGUGAAAAUCAUGACAGAACCUUCCCAUAUGCCACCUCGUUUGCGACCGGAAAUCAUCUCUUCCCUUACACAGGGAGCUACAGCAGGUGUGACAGAACAGCCUCCAUUGGUCCUACAAUUUCAGCAGCCAGCUUCAGACUACCUUGCAUUCAGAGAUCGCUUAGAACACAGCAAUUUGUCUCUGGAAAAUGUGAUCUUGAGAGAUUAUAAUGUUCUUGGGACAGUCAAAGUGAAAAACAUUUCGUUUGAAAAGAAUGUAUUUGUCAGAUGUACAUUUGACUCCUGGGAAACCUCUGAAGAUAUUGUGGCAACUUACGUUCCAAAUUCUUCUAAACAAAGUGGAAACCUUUUCGAUACUUUCUCUUUUGAAAUAGAAGUACCUACCAAUUUUGAUAGAUGUAAAAGCAUUCAGUUUGCUGUGUGUUUUGAUACAAAGCACCAUCAAUAUUGGGAUAGUAAUGAUGGAAAAAAUUAUGGAAUUGUAUCUGCAAACUUUGAAAGUUUAGAAGAUGGCUUCCUAAAGAUUUCUAACAAACAUCACAUCAGGAAAGGUGAUAUUUUACAGAAUGUGGACUCUUGGACUAGCUUUGCUUGUUGGAACAAAGUUGACACAAGUGUGCCAUAUUGGUGAAAGCACCUGUUGGUUGACAAUUUUCACCAUUGAAACCAAAAUUGUGAUCAGUAAGACAUGCACAUGCUUCACACGUGUGAUGGUAACUGUUUGGUGAUCAUGUGAUGGUGCUGCAGUCGGUGCAUCUUACCCUAUAGCACAAGGUUAAAAAAUAUUUAUCCAGACAGGAAAGGUAUGGUCAGAUCUUGUGAAAGUGGUUGGUUGACUGUAUAUAAAUAGCAUUCAUUGUAUAUAUACACAGAAUGUAUAUGCAUUCAAAUUACAACACACAAUUUUGUUUCCUUUGUGUAAUAACUGCUUUUAUGCUGUAUAUGUAGGAUCUUCUCAGAAAACUGAUGAGUUUUGAAUAUUUCCAUCAGACACAACAGAUAGUACAAUGUGUGUAGACCUAUACUCUUUACUAAGGUAUUGUGAUUCAGUGGUAAAAAUGACCUAAAUUUACGUUUUAAAAUGUUGUAUGAAAAUUUAGUGCCAAAAUAUGUACACUGUAUACAGAUUAUUGUGAAUCAUCUAAUAUUACUUGCCAUAGAAUUUUGCAUGCUACCAAUAGGGUGGUUGCCUUGUGGGAAGGGAGAUAACUCCAGAAAGAAUACAGGACUUGUGAAAUUAUAAUUUAACAUUUUCACACUAAGGCAUCAAAUUUGUGUUGUGUAUAAUUGAUAUACUUAUAUGCACAGUUACUCUAAAGACCGAGUUAUAUCCUUAUUAAAUUUCUCAAAAAUAAUAAAUGUCAAUUCAGUCAAUUAAUAGUUACAUUAGCUAUUAUUUAUGGUUGUGAUGUAAUGUUUCUUCAAUAUGUGUUAUUAUAUACACACAUCUAACUCUUUGUUGUAAUUAUAUCAUAAAGUGGUUUCUGAUAUGAAAAAAUACACUGUCCUUCAAUUUUUGUACACAAUUUGGUCUCUUUUUUUUAUCAACAUAUUCAAGUUUGAAUUGUGAUCUAUAAUCAGAAUGUUAUUAGUUACUGUUGUGAUCACUCAAAUGAUUUCCCUGAUUUAAUACUCUAUAUACCUAUGUAUAUAUAUAUGCAAUUGAUCUCUUCUGAGUUUUGCAGUAUUAAUUUGAAAUAAAGGUUUAAGCUUUCAAAUCGUACCUACAUGUAAGUCAUUGAACUCCGAUCUAGAGUUAAGAGAGAAGCACUUUUUCCUUAAAAACAUUGACAUACACUUUCUAGUUUAUGUGUUGAUGAAGAAACUUGUACAGGAUGCACUAGUCGUUUUCAGUCACUGAUUUUGUCUCCUUAAAUUAUGGGUUUUUAUUUUGCUGACUUGAAGGAACCUGCAUCCUGUCAGCUGAAACCACAUGAUACUUAGCCUUGCUUCCAACCACUGGUUUUAUGAUAUUACUUCUGUAACCCUCUAGGAAUCUCGUACAGUGUGAAUAAGUUUUAUCAGUUGUAGUUUAAAUUACAGGAAAAUUAAUUCUUUUAAAAUUCAUGUUUAUUUAGUUUUGUACUCGCGUUUAAGAUGUACAUUGAAAUGAUUCAGUGUUAGAUGUACUUAUUUACAUGGUAAAGUUUGGCAUUCAUAUUGAUUUAUUGUAUAAAUUGUUUAAAUUCAAAUAUGUUCAAACAGGUAAUAAAGAAAAACUAUGUUUUUCAUGUGAAUAAUUUGAUAUGCUUGUAUUUUUACAAACUAGAUUGUACAUUUUAAUAACUACUUGCACUUAAAAAUAUCUAAUUAUAUAUCUAUACAUAUAUAUACUUUUGUGAUAUAUUCAUUACUCUAGGCUGAAGAAGUGUGUAUGCAUGCACCACACAGCAAGCCAACUUUAAUCUCUUCUUCUAAUUUAUACAAAAGAUCUUUGAUAUCAUAUAUACUUGAACUCUUUGUGAUAUUUAAGGUGUGCACUUGACAUUGUGCAUGUAACAGAAUCCCUAGUUAAUACCAAAGUAAUUAAUGUUUGAUUUCACAUUUAAAUAGGGUCCUGAGAUCACAGAAACCUGUUGUCUGUGAUAAAAUGUUUUUUCCUACAAAUGAUUUAUACAAACAAUGAGUUUUUGACUCCAUUGUUACAUUGUUAUUAUUUGGAGAAGUCAGGCAGAUGGCUGGUCUUUGUAUCUCUACAUGUACUGACCAGAGAGUGAUGGCCUCAAAUGGGCAUGCCGAAGGCGUAGCUUUAGGUCAUCAGAUUUUUAAUUAAUGAGAGUGAAAGCAGUUAAAAGCUAUUUAAUAGUUAGAUGAUUAUCAAAGAGUGUGAGAAUGGUCAAAAGAGUCCUCAUUGUUACAGGUGUGCAUCGUCAGAGAGUGUUCAUUAAAAAAACUUAAAUUGAA